AUGGAUGCCGAACUCAAUGAAAGGAUGGAAAAGAUGGAAAGAACCCAAAGAGAGUUACAGGAGCAACUGGCCAAGUCGCAGCAAGAGGCAAGAGAUUUGAUGGUGAGGUCUCGAGAGGAAUCGCUCGAGCAAAGGGAACAAAUGGCCAAAAUGAUGGAAAUGAUGACGGCCUUGGUCAAAGGAAAGAGACCUAUGCAGAGCCCUGAUGUCGUAGAACCGCCUCAGUCAAGAGCUAAUCAAGACCCACUUUAUUCCCCGGGAUUUACUCCACCUCAUGUCCACGCAAUGCAACGAGGAUACCCCCAAAGGGAACCUACAGGCCUGGAACAACAUCCUACUCCAUCUGCUCAUUUAGGACAAGGAAUGUUUGUAUCGAACCCUGGGGCUAAUCCUUCAGAUCCAAUUGUUCCAGACCUAGAUGAUCCUGUAGAAGUAGCAAGGUUGAGAAUUGAUGACAAUAACGCUCAGGAUAAGUAUAGGAUCUUGGAAGAGAGGAUCAAGGCAGUAGAAGGCGCUGAAGUUUUCUCUGCUUUGAGUGCCAAAGAGCUCAAUUUGGUACCUGAUUUGAUUCUACCCCCAAAAUUCAAGGCACCUGAUUUUGAGAAGUAUGAUGGAACAAGAUGUCUAAAGGCGCAUCUUAUCAUGUUUUGCCGAAAGAUGACUGGCUACAUGAACGAUGAUAAGUUAUUGGUACACUGCUUUCAAGAUAGUUUAGUGGGCUCAGCCCUUCGAUGGUAUAAUCAGCUUAGCAGAGAGAGAAUCCGAUCAUGGAAAGAUUUGGCGUCAGCAUUCUGUGAGCAAUAUAGGCAUGUAUCGGUUAUGGUGCCUGAUCGAUUAACUUUACAAAUGAUGGAAAAGAAGCCGACAGAGACUUUUCGGCAAUAUGCACAAAGAUGGAGGGAUAUCUCUGCUCAAGUGGAGCCUCCGUUAACUAAGACAGAGAUAACGAUCCUCUUUAUUAAUACUCUAAAAGCACCGUUUUACGACAAAUUGGUAGGAAGUGCCACAAAGGACUUUGCGAAUAUUGUAAUAUCUGGGGAGCUUAUUGAAAACGCCGUCAAGAGUGGGAGAAUAGAAAGCUCUGAGAGUCCUUACUAUCAAGCACCUUCGCCUUACCCCGUUUAUGCUAUGAAUAACCAAAGACCAUUCACCGUGUUCCCACCAAACAUCGUGCCUACACAAAGCCAACCGAAAAAUGAACAAAGACCAACAAGACCCAAUCUUGAAAGGCCUCAGUUUACUCCAAUUCCUGUAUCAUACGAAGAAUUAUACCCGAAGCUGUUGGAAAAACAGUUAAUAUCCCCACAUUACAUGGCGCCCCUGAAGCCUCCAUAUCCGAAGUGCAAUGUGACGGGGAAUCCUCUUCCUAAUCAUACUGGCGGAAAUGUAAAUGCGGUAACAAACGAAGACAAUUGUAAGAUUCUCAAAGAAGAAAGUACAAAAGACCAAAGUUUCUAUGAUUUUCAUGGCGUCCAAGGGUAUGACAUCCAAUCUUGUAAGGAAUUUGGGAAAUUACUUCAGGACAUGAUGGAUAACAAAGAGGUCAAGGUCUUUGAUAGGGUGGAGGGGACCGAAGAAGGAGAAAUAUGUGCCUCUGAUAAUCAAUUGAUGGCUUUCCCUUAUAGCGUCGAUAGACCUUUGGUGAUUUAUUACGAGGCAAAGAAGGAAGAGGUUAGUCGAGAAGUUAAACCAAGUUUGAUAAUCGAAGUACCUGCUCCUUUCCCUUACAAGGACAACAAGGCAGUGCCGUGGAAGUAUGAUGUUAAUAUCAUUGUACCUGAGGGUGAAAAGUCCAAGGUUGUGAGUGAAGGUGUUAGCGGAGUAGGACAUUUUACUCGUAGCGGAAGAUGUUAUUCUCCCGAGACGGUUGAGCCAAAGAAGAAGGUUGCUGGUCCGAGCCAAAAAGGAAAAGCACCAAUGUAUGAGGCUGAGGAUGAUGAGGAAGCAUGUGAGUUCUUAAAGUUCAUUAAGCACAGUGAAUAUAGCGUUGUAGAACAAUUAAAAAUCUCGGUACUGUCUCUAUUGUUGAAUUCGGAGCCACAUCGGAAUGCCUUGUUAAAAGUGUUAAAUCAAGCUUAUGUGGCGAACAAUGUAUCUGUGGAAAAGUUUGAUAGGUGGGCAAAUAAUCUAAAUGCAGAUAAUUUCAUCUCCUUUAGUGACGACGAAAUACCGCCAAAUGGAAGAGGCUCCAUAAAAGCAUUGCACAUCACAACCAAUUGCAAAGGUUACAUAUUACCAAAUGUGUUCAUCGACAAUGGAUCUGCACUCAAUGUUAUGCCUUUGGCCACGCUUUCUAGGAUGCCGGUUGAUAUGUCCUAUCUGAGGCAUUGUCAUUCUAUAGUAAGGGCAUUUGAUGGGACACGGUGAGAGGUCAUGGGAAAGAUCGAAAUUCCUUUAAAAGUGGGGCCAUGUGCAUACGAUAUUGAGUUUCAGGUCAUGGACAUCACGCCUUCAUACAAUUGCCUGUUAGGAAGACCUUGGAUCCAUUCUGCUGCAGUUCCUUCAUCUCUCCAUCAGAAAGUAAAGUUCAUCAUGGAUAGUCGUUUGAUUACUGUUGGUGGCGAGGAAGACAUCGUCGCAUCUAUCUCUACUGAUGCACCCUACAUCGAAAUAAGCGAAGAUGCUGUAGAAUGUUCUUUUCGCUCCUUGGAAUUUAUCAAUGCUGCAUUUGUUGCUGAAGGGAAUAAGAUCCCCAUUCCCAAACUGUCGAGGAAUACCAAGAUUGGAAUUAAGCUGACUGUGGGACAAAGAGCUCGAGCAAGGAAAAGUUUGGGAAAAUAUCAACAAGGGAUGGGUCUUCAGAAUCUCAGUCUAAAUGCUAUUGACAAUGAGAAUGAUGAAAUUAAGAACGCUUCGAUGAUAGGCCCUUGUCCUCCAGGAUAUGUUUUGAACAACUGGACUGCUGUGGACCUCAUUGUAGUUUUUAAGUCUCCUUCAGAGUGCUUAGAUAUCAAUGGCAUGAAUAAUCCCGUUAUGAAUCCUGAAAUCAAUUUUGAGAAGGCUGUUUGUUUAGGAGAAUUCGAAGCCGACGAAAAUGCUGAAGAUUGUGUCUCGUCUCCUGACUUACUGAGAAUGGUGGAACAAGAGGAGAAACAGAUCCUUCCCCAUCAAGAAUCUGUUGAGGUAGUGAACUUGGGGAAUGAAGAAGAGAAACAAGAAGUGAAGAUUGGGACUUCCACUUUAGAAAACACCAGGCGUAAUUUGAUCGCCUUGCUCCAUGAGUACAAGGAUGUGUUUGCCUGGUCUUAUCAGGAUAUGCCAGGGUUGAACACAGAUAUUGUGGUCCAUAAGCUCCCACUGAAACCAGAAUGUAAGCCCGUUCAGCAGAAAUUAAGAAGGAUGAGACCCGAAAUGCUGUUAAAGAUAAAAGAAGAAGUCAAGAAACAAUUUGACGCUGGCUUCCUACAAGUUUCAAAGUAUCCAGAAUGGGUAGCUAAUAUAGUCCCAGUGCCAAAAAAGGAUGGCAAGGUGCGAAUGUGCGUGGAUUAUCGUGAUCUGAAUCAAGCAAGCCCUAAGGAUAACUUUCCUUUACCGCACAUCGACAGUUUGGUGGAUAAUACGGCAAAGCAUUCUUUGUUUUCAUUCAUGGGUGACUUCUCAGGUUAUAAUCAGAUAAAGAUGGCUCCCGAGGACAUGGAGAAAACUGCAUUCAUAACAAUAUGGGGAACCUUCUGCUAUAAAGUAAUGCCAUUCGGAUUAAAGAAUGCUGGGGCAACAUAUCAGAGAGCUAUGGUGACGUUGUUUCAUGAUAUGAUGCACAAAGAAAUAGAAGUUUAUGUCGAUGAUAUGAUUGCCAAAUCUCGGGAAGAAAGAGAGCGUGUUGGGAGUCUUAGGAAGCUGUUUGAAAGAUUAAAGAAGUUCCAGUUGAAGCUUAACCCGGCCAAAUGUACGUUUGGGGCUACCUCAGGAAAACUGCUAGGUUUCAUUGUUAGUGAAAGAGGUAUCGAGGUUGAUCUAGAUAAGAUAAAAGCUAUACAAGAAUUGCCUCCCCCGCGCACACAAAAGGAAGUCAGGGGAUUGUUAGGAAGGUUGAAUUACAUUGCUCGAUUCAUUGCCCAACUUACGAAUCAGUGUGAUCUAAUUUUUCGACUCCUUCGAAAGCAUAACCCGGGAGAAUGGAACGAGGAGUGCCAAGUGGCAUUCGAUAAGAUAAAACGGUAUUUGUCUAAUCCUCCUGUGCUAGUACCGCUGACCCCUGGAAAACCAUUAAUAUUGUAAUUGACCGUGUUUGAGAACUCAAUGGGUUGCGUACUGGGACAACAUGACGAGUCGGGGAAAAGAGAAAAGGUAAUUUAUUACCUCAGCAAGAAGUUCACAGAGUAUAAAGCGAAAUACCCUUCAAUUGAAAAUUUUUGUUAUGCAUUAAUUUGGACGGUUCGAAGGCUCAGACAAUACAUGUUAUAUCAUACGACAUGGUUAAUUUCAAAAUUGGACCCAAUAAAGUACAUGAUGGAGUCACCUGCACUCUCAGGGAGGAUGGCACGAUGGCAGAUCCUAUUGACUGAGUAUGACAUUGUAUAUGUGAGCCAAAAGUCGAUAAAGGGAAGCGCAAUAGCUGAUUUCUUGCCAAGUCGAACAACGGAGGAAUACGAGCCUUUGAGAUUUGAUUUCCCAGAUGAAGAUUUGAUGUGCAUUUCAGAAAAAGAGGGCAAGUCAUCAAAAGGAAAGUCAUGGAAGAUGAGCUUUGAUGGUGCAUCAAAUGCAUUGGAGCAUGGGAUCGGAGCAGUCUUAGUGUCACCUGAAGGGGUCCAUUACCCACUCACUGCCAGAUUGGAUUUCUUCUGUACCAAUAAUAUAGCGGAGUACGAAGCUUGCAUCAUGGGGCUUCGUGAAGCUAUCAAGAAGAAGAUCAAAAUCUUAGAGGUACACGGGGACUCAUCGUUAGUCAUUUAUCAAAUUCGUGGAGAUUGGGAAGUGAGGGAUUCGAAAUUAAUCAAGUACCACGAUCUCGUUGCGAAAUUGGUCAAAGAAUUCAAGGAAGUGACUUUUAACUACUUUCCACGAGAGGAGAACCAACUGGCUGAUGCCCUAGCCACUUUGGCUUCGAUGUUCAAAGCAAACAGGGAAACUGAGAUAAUGUCCAUCCAAAUGAGUAUAUAUGAGACCCCCGCGCAUUGCUUUAGCAUUGAGGAGGAGUCAGAUGGACAACCAUGGUUCCAUGAUAUCUUGGAGUAUAUCAAGAAUCAAAGGUACCCCGAGCAAGCAAAUGAGAAUGACAAAAGAACAAUCAGGAAAUUGGCGAUUGGAUUUGUUCUUGACGGAGAUAUUCUAUACAAAAGGGGAAAAGAUCAAGUGCUCUUGAGGUGCGUAAACGCUGUUGAAGCCAGAAAGAUACUAGAAGAGGUUCAUGAAGGAAUUUGUGGAACACAUGCUAGUGGUUUCACCAUGGCCAGGCAGAUCAUGAGACUUGGUUAUUAUUGGCUGACGAUGGAAAAGGAUUGCUUUGGCUACGCACGAAAAUGCCACAAAUGUCAAAUUUAUGGCGAUAAAAUUCAUGCAGCUCCGUCGCCCCUUCAUGUCAUGACUUCUCCGUGGCCUUUUUCUAUGUGGGACAUGGAUGUUAUAGGGCCAAUUUCCCUGAAAGCUUCCAAUGGGCAUCGAUUCAUCUUUGUGGUUAUAGACUACUUCACAAAAUGGGUAGAAGCUACUUCGUUUGCUAAUGUGACAAAGGCUGCAGUCUGUAGGUUUUUUAAAAAGGAAAUUAUAUGUCGAUAUGGUCUGCCUGAAAGAAUCAUUUCAGAUAAUGCUUUAAAUUUGAACAACAAGAUGAUGAAAGAAGUAUGUGAGCAAUUCUAGAUAAACCAUCAUAAUUCUUCACCCUACUGCCCGAAGAUGAACGGAGCAGUAGAAGCCGCUAAUAAGAACAUCAAGAGGAUUAUCGGGAAGAUGACUGAGACAUAUAAGGACUGGCACGAGAAGCUACCAUUUGCUUUGCACGCAUAUCGUACCUCGGUACGGACGUCUACGGGGGUAACUCCUUUUUCCUUGGUCUACGGGAUGGAAGCCAUUUUGCCUAUUGAAGUAGAGAUCCCGUCCUUGCGAGUCUUGAUAGAGACAAAACUAGAAGAAUCAGAGUGGGUUCGAGCUCGAUAUGAUCAGCUAAAUCUUAUUGAGGGAAAACGCUUGAAGGCAAUUUGUCACGGACAGAUGUACCAGAAGAGAAUGAUUACGGCCCAUGAUAAAAUGGUGCGGCCAAGAGAAUUCCGCGAAGGGGAACUGGUACUAAGAAACAUCCUCUCAAUACAAAAAGACUUUCGAGGAAAAUGGUCACCAAAUUGGGAAGGGCCAUACGUUGUAAAAAAGGCAUUCUCAGGAGGGGCUCUGAUUCUCACUGAGAUGGACGGAAAAGAAUUACUUAAUCCAGUGAACUCAGAUGCUGUGAAGAAAUAUUAUGCCUAAAAAAAAAGAAAAAAAAACAAAAACAAAAAAAUAGAAAAGAAAAAAGAAAAGAAAGAAAAAAUCAAGAUGAAAACCCGAAAAGGGCGUCUUGAUAAACAAAAAGAUUAGGAUGAAAACUCGAAAGGGAGUCCUAAUAAGGUGCGCUCAGGCUUAAAGGAGCAAAGUGACUUGA